AUGGAUUCUCCACAUUAUGGAGUUGCAGCAAUGAGGAGAGGAAGCUACGAUGAUGCUGCAGCUUCUCUACGUCCUCACCUCAGACACUUGGCUCAGAGACGACUCUCGGCUCCGUCGCUGGUCUUUGGGAAGGCGCUGGGGAUGCCAUGGUCUCCAAUCAGGGAGGAGGCUUCCUGUUGGGUCUCAGUAGAGCAGAGUCCAUUCGUCCUCGGCCUCACCAGUGAAAACGGAGAGCUGCUGCUGGACGAGUGUGUUCAGGUCACCGAGGGCUCCAAGACGAAGGAGAGGCAUCUGUUCCUCUUCAACGAUGUCAUUGUCUUCGCUAAACUCAAGUCGACUACCAGUUAUCGUCUAAAGCACAGAGUGAGCCUCGAGGACAUGUGGCUUUAUGGUUUUGAGGAUGAACCGGAGGAUGAGGAGGGAACAACGGGGGAUAUUGAUCUCAGAGUGACCCUCGUCUUGGCUUGGGAUCUCACAUUUUGUUUGGUGUGUUUCCACUCGCCUGAGGUGAAAGAACGCUGGUUAGAUACUCUGCACAGGAAAAUUAAAGACGCAAAAGAGAGAGCUGGUUAUGCUUCUUCCCCUCCAGACGUCCUCAUGAAGGUUUUGAGCAGCACCAUCGCAACUAAAACUCUAACAGGAGGUGGCAUGGAACAACUCAUUGAGUUUCCACUUGAUGGCGAUGCAAAGAUCUCUGCGCUGUCAAAACAGUUGCAUAACCAGGAGGACAAGCAACCCAUUGAAACCAAGUGGAAACUGGUGCGGAGGCUCACAAAGGGCCCUAGUUUCAUCAAAAGACGAUCAGAUACCGACACCAAGACGCAGCUGUUUGGACAGCCCCUCUGCAAAGUAUGCCCAGAUGAAAGCUCACUUCCAAAACCAGUCACAGAGGUGCUGGUGCUGCUGAGGAAGCGAGGGCCGUCCACAGAGGGUGUGUUUCGCAAACCAUGCAACACCAAAAACAUGCGGGAGAUCAAAGAGCAGCUGAACAGCGGCCAGGAGGUGGACCUGGGGGGCCAGCCGGUCGUCCUGCUCGUCGGGCUGCUCAAAAGUUUUCUGAAGGAGCUUCCUGGCAGCCUGCUGGUGUCUGAACUUUAUGACAACUGGAUGGCAGCAUUGGACGGUGAAGACGCCCAGCAGAGAGCUCUGGGAAUCAGAAAGGUGGUAGACGACCUCCCGGGGCCCAACAAGCUCCUCCUGCAGCACCUCGUCUGCGUCCUCCAUCACAUCCUCGAAAACGCUGACACCAACAAGAUGGACGCCUACAACCUGGCGGUGUGCAUCGCCCCCACGCUGCUGCAGCUGGACGUCACGCCGCUGGAUGAGCAGAAGGAGCAGAUGAAGAAGGUCACAGAGCUAACUCAGUUCCUGAUUGAGCACUGUGAGAUACUUGGAGAGAAUAUCCCAAAUCUGCUGGAUACUGAUGAUGACUCGCUGUCCUCUCAGCAUCAUGACUCUGCUUAUGACAGCACCGACCCAGACGGAGAUGGAGAGAGAGAGAGUGGCGGCUCGGCACAUGGAGAGAGCGGAUCAUCCUCCUCUCUCAGCCCCAGCUUCGCCACCUCCUCCUGGCCAGCUGAUGCUCACUUCAACACAAAGCCGCCAUUCAACCGCCGCUGCUCCGAGCCAAUCAUCCUCCCCUCGGCUGACCUCUUGAGCCUGAGCAGCCACUCCAGGAGCCACGACGACUGCUCGGUGGAGAGGAGGCACUUUGAGGAGCAGCCUCUGAAAAAGCAGAUCUCCGAUGACUCCUUCUUGACCAGAGGACGGGGUAGAGCACGGCCGAUGUCUUUUCCAAAACUGAGCAGCAGCUCCAACAUGGAUCAGCUGCCGUACAUGUCGGGCAACUGCUCGUGCUCUUCUCUCGAGAGCGCUGCCUCGAAUCAGUCCGAGGGCUCUGUUUUCACCGGCUCCCCUGCGGGGUCGCCCACCUGCCCCCGGAAAACAAACAACCAGCCUGCAAAGGCUCAGCAGGACACAGCAAAACCGAUUGCAGAUGAGAAGAGGCGGUCACAGUCCAUGAGAGUUGCGAGUAAGGUCCUGAUGAGGACCAGGAGCUUAGGAGCCUUCAACAGGAGCAGCGUGAAGAGAGACUCUCAGAAAGAAAACUCCUUUCCCUGUGAAACGCUCCAGGAGGACUCUCAGAGUGAAGCAGAUUCACCAGCAGAGCCUCUGCACAGAGCUCGCCCUCUGUCAGCCAUCGAGGUGUUUAAGCAGGUGGACAGCAAGCUGCCCUGCAGGCCUCCGUCCUACGAGCAGGCGAUGCAGUGUGCAGGCCCUCCUCCACAGUACGGAGCAAUGACGGUACACGACGCCAUACAGCUGGGGAGGAGGUCCCGUCCAUCCUCUGUCAAUUAUGACUUCCCACCUACCUGUUCUGUUAAUCAGUACGCAGACUGUUUUGCUCAGGCAGCACAGGACAGAGCCGGCGGCGUCCAGCUGCGGCAGCCUUUCCGCCAGAGAGCCAUGUCGGAGUCUGUGUCCGCAGGGCGCCAUGAGGUCGUGUCACGGAGAUGUAGCCAGCCUGUGUUUGAGGAAUUGUCUUACGCCAAGGAGUCUUAUGUGUGAUGACUUUUGAACUGUUUCACAGAUUGGAUUUUUAAGACGUACACACAUGUAUGUGAGUUGUGGGCAAAGCUGAAGAAGAACCAGUUUUCAUACUGCAAGUUAGCAACCCUGCAAGCAUCUUUCAUUUAUUCAGAGACUUCAGAGAGAGUAUGUGACUUCACAAUAGCAGCUACUUCCUCCUCUACUCCUCUCCUCUCUUCUGUGGUUGGUUUGACGUAAAAGAUGUGCCCGCUGAGCAGCUCCGUGUCACAACAGUGCUUGUAUAUGUACACAAAGUCCAAUCUGUUCAUUUUUCACUGUUACACUUUGAAUGAAUGUCAGCUAUGUGCUGCCUCCACGGCUGCACGUUCCUAGUAGUACUAUUUAGAGUACACCUUUAAAAAGAUAUUAUGAUAGAUGGUCUAUCACAAUGAAGCUAUGAAAACACAGUUACCUGUGGAUAAAAUAUGCUAUGUGUGUUGAUUUUCUGUUUCGUCUGAAGUUUUUGUUGAUUCUUGUUUCAAAUGUGAUGUGUACAGUGUAGCACAUUGAGCACAAGUUUGUUGUUUUUCUGCUUUUUGAAAAUCCUCUUCACCUUGCAUGGAGUUUUCCUUCCACUACACUAAAGCACUUUUCUUGUGAUAGCCUAUGCUUUGUUUAUUUGUAUGCAAAAUUGUAAAUACAAUGAGAUAGAUAUAGAUGUGUAAUCUUUGUCAGUGGAACUUCCAGGGACAUGAUGUUCCACAGUUUUAGGUUAAAUGGACGAAUACAAUUCAAUAAAGGAAAAUUAAAAUGGAUUUUUUCUCUUUCUCUUUUUGAAAGUUUGUAUAAUUGGAUGUAUUGAACCUGUAGCACUCCUCAGUCC